AUGGCGUGUGCUGGCGGUUUGUCGGGUUGCAAAGGCACAAACUCGUCUUCUUCCGGUGUUUCGACGGACCGCUAUGACCGUCAGAUUCGGAUUUGGGGCGAGCAUGGCCAGAGCGAGCUCAGCGCCGCUUCAGUGCUCGUUUUGGGCUCGUCAGCGGCGGCUGGGGAUGUUCUGAAGAACCUCGUUUUGCCGGGCAUUCGACGGUUCGUGAUUGUCGACGACGCUCAGGUGACACAGUCCGACCUCCACAACACGAUGCUCAACCCCGCUGACCUCGGCGAGCCCCGCGCGGCCAGCAUGGUGCGACAGCUUUUGGAACUCAACACGGAUGUCGAGGGCGCCGCGGUACACCUGAGUCCAGCUGCAUAUGUGGCCGCAUGUGAGACCGCGUGUGAGACUGCAGGUGCGGCCGCUGUUGACAACGCCUGUGUGCGUCGUGUUCAGGGCUGUGCGAGCUCUGAUCCGCAAGGCCGCGACGCAAGCAGGACGGGUCCGGCGAAUCCCGGCGAAUUCGAAAGGGCUUUGCCAUGCAUUUUUUCGUUCUCCGUCGUCAUCGCGUGCCAGCAGCCCCUGGAUCUGGUUCUCCGUCUUUCCCAACUGUGCGGGCUGGAGCCUGUCGAGUCAAGAGCUUCGCCCGAUCCUCUCUCUGUGCCGCACUCGAGCCUGCGCAACGGCGCCGGCUUCGCCGAUGCGACUGCCGCGGGCGUUCCGGAAACCCUACCGGCCGGUACAGAAAAGACGGUCUCAUACAACGGACACGGUUGUCGACGGGGACGCGUUCCUCUUAUCACCGUCACAAGCGUCGGCCUGCUGGGCCUCGUUCGCGUUUGUGCAGGCGAAUGUUGCCUGGUGGAAAGGAAGGGUCAAAGCGAGGGCAGUGUAGAUCUGCGGCUGUUCGACUCCUUUCCUGAACUUUACGAGUUUGCCAUGGAGUAUGAGCUCGAUCGCCUGGAUGACCUCGCACACGCCCAAGUCCCGUUCGUCGUGAUUCUCAUUCAAGCUCUUGAUCGGUACCGCCGAACCCACCGAAACGCCUCGUCAGAUUCCUGCGACGCUUCGACCGUGAAGGAGCCCCGUUUGACGCCCUUGCCACAGGAAGCUCGGGGGCAACUCGAAGCGAUCAUUCAGGGGAUGCGCCGACACCCAGACGAAGUGAAUUUUGAUGAGGCACUCGCGAAUGUCUAUAGAAUUCUCAAGCCGCACAGUGUGUCUCCGGAUACAGCAGAAGUAAUUGAACAAGCGUCAUCGCCCUCAUUCAGACCCGUGUCGAACGUCAAAUUUUGGACCCUCGCCCGGGCACUUGCCGCGUUUCAGCGAGCGUGCAAGAAACUUCCUGUGCAGGGUUUGCUUCCGGACAUGACAAGUGAUACACAAAGUUUUAUCCGCCUUCAACAGGUCUACUCGAAGCGUGCAGAAGGCGACUGUAACGCAAUCAAGGCGAGCGUCUCGAUGAUCCAAGGGGACAGCGUCAACCACGAUGGGGAUGUUCAGGGAAGGAUACCGGGCGGAGUGACAGACUCACCAACGUCCUCCGCUCCGGUGCACUGCUCGCAAGAAACAUUAAGAGGAUCCAUGGAUUCGUCUUUGCGGAGGCGUGCAUCAGAGAGAAAUGGCGUGUCUUUUGACGACGUCGAGAAGUUCUGCCGAAACGCGUACAACCUUAAGGUGAUACGAUAUCGUUCCCUUGGCGAAGAGUUCAACCCAGCCACCGUGAAUAGAGAAGUGUACGAGGAGGCAGUUGCUGGUUUGCAGAUGGAAGAGAGCGACGAAGGGAUACCGCUUCUUCCGUGUCAGAUGGUGGCGUUUGGGGGAGCAGAGAUUCACACGACUGCUGCAAUUGUCGGAGGUGUUGCGGCGCAAGAAGCUGUCAAGCUAAUAUGCCGCCAAUUUGAGCCCAUCAAUAAUACUUUCAUCUGGAGCGGAAUCGAGCGAAAAGCUGAGGUCCUCGAAUUGUGA